AUGUUCUAUUUAUUAUUGAGUAUUUUAAUGAUAUUUUCAAAAUCAAUUAUUUUUUGCACAACUCGAAAACCUGAAAAAUCCGAAUCAGAAGUCAAAAAACUCGAAUCCAAAAGUUCCUUGACGCCCGUGAUUUGUCAGAAAAAAUCGAGUGAUAUAGAGAAUACGGUAGACAAAGUGAAAAGCUUGGAAAAGGUUUCGAAACCUGACGAAAAUGCAGAAAAUGUGGUUUAUUUGAGGUUGGCUGAUUUACCGAAACUUGACAAAUCUGUGGAGGAUCUGCAUAAUCGUAAGUGAUUGUUUUAAUCACAUAGUUAAUUAAUUAUUUAAUUUUUUGUAGCAGCAGUUCACGAUCGUGCAAUCAAAAAUGCCAUUGAAAAUACAAUAAUUGAUCCAAAACACACUACUUUUGCUGGAAAUAUUGAUGUUUUAUCGGUGAGAUUUAGAAAUUAUUAAGGGGCCGAAAAUCCACGUGGCAGAAUUUAAAAAUCAAUUUUUCAGCAGUAGUUCUCUAAAAAAGCAGGGGGAUGUUUUUUAUUUCAGAAAAUUCACCCUUGAAGAAUACGUUUCUAAAUUUCUUGAAAUUAAAUGUUCAUAAAUUGUUUUAUUGGAUUCUUAAUUCCAUAUUUUAUCUAAUUUUUAGGCCAAAAAUAACACGUGGCAAGAAUUUAAAAUUGGAAUAAAAAUUGAGCAAUUUCGAAAUUUUGAAUUUUCAAAUCUCAAAUAAUUCCAGGAAAAUGAGCGCGUGGAAAAAUCGGCAAAAUUUUUGGAAGAUUUGGAAACUGAUAUGGGAAAAAUUGAGAGUAAAGAGAAAGAGAAAGAGACAACUGAAACUGAAUUACGGGUAAUUUUUGUUUUUUUCUAAUUGAUCCUCUUAAAUUCAAAUAAUUUCAGGUCAAGGUUCGGGAGGACAAAUGUGUGAUGUUUGAGACGAAUGAAGUGCCAACUGAUGAGUUGGAAGAUUUGAAAUGUGAAAAUAAUAAUAAAUAA